AUGGGGUCUAUGAAAGCUGUCCAAGUGAACCAGAGCCUCCUGAGCCCUUUGAAGCUGAGGGUGGGCCCCAACAUCCAGACUGUGCAAACCAGGAGAAGGAGCAAAUCAGGAGCCUCGACAAGUUUGUCCUUCAUUGAGCUACAUCAACAACUGUUGGCGGCAGUUGGAAAUGCUGGCCCAGAAGAAACUGAGAUUGGAAGUGGAGUUUGGCAGCAGGCAGGAGCUGGAGGCUCCACUUUUCAAGUGGAGGACUUGAAAAGUAAGUAUGAGGACAAGAUCGACAAGCACACAGAAAUGGAGAAUGAAUUUGUCCUUAUCAGGAAGGAUGUGGAUGAAGUUUACGUGAACAAAGUAGAGCUGGAGUCCCGUCUGGAAGGGCUGACUGAUGACAUCAAUUUCUACAGGCAGCUGUAUGAAGAAGAGAUUUGUGAGCUGAAGUCCCAGAUCUCUGACGUGUCCAUGGUGCUGUUCAUGGACAGCAGCCACUCUCUGGACCUGGACUGCAUCAUCACCAAGGUCAAUGCCCAGUAUGAGGAGAUUGCCACCAACAGCUGGGCUGAGGCUGAGAGCAUGUGCUGA